AUGUCUGCUGUCCUACCAACCGGCCCCCGGAUUCCCUCGAUACCCGGACCCAACCCUGGAAUGCAAGAUAACGGACAGGGCCGCUCAAACCCACGUGUGUUACCACAGCGACCGAACGCGGGCAUGAACUUGGCUGCAGCUUCCUGUGCGCAGAUGGGACGAGACGCAGUGACUCGGUGCUUUCAGUCAAAUGGUGGCUACCAAAUGCAGCACGUAGUCGCCGUAUUGUCAAACGGAACCCAGGGUCCCAUUCCCAGAAACGUCCAGCAGGUUAAAACCGGUCUCUGCUCGCUACAAGGAACUAUUAUAGCGUGCAUAUUCUCCGCCAUUAGCAAUCUUCGGAACACUCAGACAUGCCCGGCAGUUCCCGAGUAUAUCCGACUCGAACAGGAAGCCAUUGAACUCGUGUCAAGACUUCAACAAAUGUGCGGCAAUGGUCCUCUCCCGGCCCCCGACAUAUGCCACAGGAGCCUGUUCAACAACCUUAAAUCCUGUUACACGAGCGCUGGACUAGACGGAAGCCUGUUUUCACCAAACGCUACUGCCGUGUCCAGGACUUUGGGGCCCAGUCAGAUCAUUGGCUCUAUCAUAGGAAAAGACACGAAAUCUGCCGAUAAAUUCUGCCGUGUCAAACAACAGCUGUACACGUGCCUCAAUCAGAAAAUUGAGCGUUGUCCCGGCGCUUCAGAAAUCCUUGCGCUCAGCGGAUAUGACGUAGAAGCUAUACGUAACGGAAUCGAUGUCGUAUGCCAUGACGUUGGCAUUUACUUGGACGGUGUGAAGUGCUUUAACAACAAGACACAGGAGGCGGCGCAGUGUUACAACACCAUGAUACAGAAGGUCGCUGACCUCUCCGCAGAACAAGCAAGGACCAACAUACCGCCUGGCCAGUACAACUCCAGAUAUUGCCAACUGCGUGUACAGCAUAUGGAGUGUGAUCUCAGCGCCUGGGAUUCUCAGUGUGAAAAAAGCGUGGUGGGGCUUAAACACGAGUUCGAAUGCAACCUUCUCCCUUCCUCGUGUAAAAAUGAUGGUAUGGUUCAAAGACGCUUGCAACAGACAUGCGCAAUAGCGAGCUUCCAGCGCCAACUUCGAUCUGGGUCUUCCAGAAGCUUUAAAAUCGCCUCGGUAGCCAUGACUAUAUUGUCAUUGGCCUUUGGGGUGUUCUUGCUGUGA